GGAUAAAAUUUUCAGAAAACGUACCCAUUAUUGCCUGCUGCUCCCGAAACCCCGAAACCGCAGCGCCUUUUCUCACCCGCCUACAGCCGACUGCCCUCGCUCUUUCCUCUGAAGCAACCAUCAGUCACGCAAGCCUUCUCCGAUGGGCACGGCGGCCGAUGCCGCACCGCAGCCGGCCACAGGGGAGGCCAGCACGCCCGAGCGAGUCGAAGCCCUUCUGGAGGCUGCUAGGUAUGACGACAUAGAGGAUGUUGUAAGCUUGUUUUCUAUGGGUGUUUCUCUUAAUUCUAGAGAUUCUCAAGGACGAACAGCUCUUCAUAUGGCCGCUGCUAACGGACAUCUCGCUGUCGUGGAAUAUCUAAUACAAAAUGGAGCUGAUGUUAAUGCUGCGAACCUGGAAAAGAAUACUCCACUUCACUGGGCUUGCCUUAAUGGCCAUGUAGAGGUGAUCAAGGCCUUAAUAAGUGCCGGAGCUAGCGUUAGUCAGCUUAACAGCCAUGAAAGAACGCCGAUGGAUGAAGUGGUGAGCAGAGGAAAGAUGGAGGUGGUGGAUGCCAUAAAUGCAGCAGUAGCCCAAGUCGAACUUGCAAGCUUGUGAAUUUACCUCAGCCUCAGUAAGUUAAAUGAAACAAUUCGAAUCUAAUUCACCGCGACCUCAGUAAGAUGAAACAAUUCGAAUCUGUCAACAGGUAUCAUCGAUUAAAAAUACGCCAUGAAUGUAUUUAUGGGUUUAUCGUAUAACGGUUAACGGAGCCCUCUGAGAUUUUAGAUGUAUCAUCUUUCAUUCCCCUGGGUUCUUGAAUCUCCUUGGAAGUUCCUCUUAUACUGAUAAAGAUGGAGUGGUUUGUAUCCAGUAAAGUUAUAUUUGAACACACCAGAACAGUUUUGGAAAAGUUGCUAUAUAUUUUUAUUUUUAUUUUUAUUUUUA